ACUCCGCAAACCAUGCGACUGCAAGCUUUGCUCUGGCCUCUCGCCUGCUGCCUCGUGCUGCUCCUGCUUCCGUCCGGCAUCCUGACGCAGUGCAACGAUUCCGCCAAGCCGGGAUGCCUCCACCAGGCGGAGCUGGGAAUCGCCCAGCGCCACUGCCUGGACCCCACCAAGUACUGGCUCUGCUCGGCCAUUGGCCAGCAGGCCCAGCUCAAGAGGUGCCAGGCCAACACGGCGUUCGACCAGGAUCUCAACGCCUGCGUGCCCUGGAUCUCCUGGGUGUGGCAGCCGUGUCCAGAGCCGCCGAGUCGUCCUCCAGGCUGGGAGCCCUGCUAAGUUGGCCUUUUUGAAUGCAUUUCUCUACGGGAAACACACUUCUACAAUGGAUAUACGAAAAAUAAAUUUAUUUUCCUAAUUUGAUUUUA